AUGGCGCUUAGCAAAACACGGCCUGUUGGCUCACAGUUUAAGAGACAAAAGUGUGCUAGACCCUGUAUAGCCAGUCCAAACAGCUCUGAAGAACAAGGCAACAACCAGUUACAGACACAAACAAUGAAGCUGGACAGGGAUAAACGAAAUCUCAGGGUUUGGUUUCUCAUAGUUUUGGGGUGUUUGAUCUUAGCCGUCCUAACAACCUUCAAAGAAUACGAGACUGUUUCAGGAGACUGGCUGCUGCUGUUGGAGACGUUCGCCAUCUUCAUCUUUGGAGCAGAGUUUGCCUUAAGAAUCUGGGCUGCUGGCUGUUGCUGUCGGUACAAAGGAUGGAGGGGGAGACUCAAAUUUGCCAGGAAGCCUUUGUGUAUGCUGGAUAUCUUUGUGUUGAUUGCCUCGGUACCAGUGGUAGCCGUUGGAAACCAAGGCAAUGUUCUGGCUACAUCCCUCAGAAGUCUGCGCUUCCUUCAGAUUCUCCGGAUGCUCCGAAUGGACAGAAGGGGUGGCACGUGGAAGCUUUUGGGAUCUGCCAUUUGUGCACAUAGCAAAGAACUCAUCACUGCCUGGUACAUUGGGUUCCUGACACUUAUCCUCUCCUCGUUUCUUGUUUAUCUGGUUGAAAAAGAUGUGCCUGAAAAGGAUGCCAAUGGAGUCGAGAUGAAAGAAGAGUUUGAAACGUAUGCAGAUGCACUGUGGUGGGGGCUAAUUACGCUAGCUACAAUUGGCUACGGUGACAAGACCCCCAAAACGUGGGAGGGACGGCUAAUAGCGGCCACGUUCUCUCUCAUUGGAGUUUCAUUUUUUGCUCUUCCAGCUGGCAUCCUGGGUUCAGGUCUGGCUCUUAAAGUCCAAGAACAACAUCGGCAGAAACAUUUUGAGAAAAGAAGAAAGCCAGCAGCAGAACUUAUACAGGCUGCCUGGAGAUACUAUGCUACUAACCCUAACAGGAUUGAUUUAGUCGCUACCUGGAGGUUUUAUGAAUCAGUUGUAUCAUUUCCAUUUUUCAGAAAGGAGCAAUUGGAUGGUACUGCGAGCCAAAAGCUGGGUCUCUUGGAUCGGGUUCGUGGUACCAAUACUAAAGGAAAGCUAUUUACCCCUCUGAAUGUAGAUGCCAUUGAAGAAAGUCCUUCUAAAGAGCCUAAGAAUGUUGGCUUGAAUAAUAAGGAACGUUUCCGCACUGCAUUCCGAAUGAAAGCAUACGCUUUUUGGCAAAGCUCAGAAGAGGCAGGAACGGGGGACCCCAUGCAAGAAGAUAGGGGUGACAGUAAUGAAUUCCUCAUGGAAGAUAUGAUCCCCACUUUGAAAACAGUCAUCCGAGCUGUCAGAAUACUACAAUUUCGUCUCUACAAAAAAAAAUUCAAGGAAACUUUGAGGCCUUAUGAUGUAAAGGAUGUGAUAGAGCAAUAUUCAGCAGGGCACCUUGACAUGCUUUCCAGAAUAAAAUACCUUCAGACAAGAGUAGAUAUGAUUUUUACACCUGGACCACCGUCUACUCCCAAGCAUAAGAAAUCCCAAAAAGGAGGAGCUUUUUCUUACCCUUCACAACAGUCUCCCAGAAAUGAUCCAUAUGUAGCCAAAGCAUCCACAGUAGAUACUGAAGACCAAAGCAUGAUGGGCAAAUUUGUUAAAGUUGAAAGACAGGUUCAUGACAUGGGGAAGAAACUGGAUUUUCUAGUAGACAUGCACAUGCAUCAUAUGGAGCAGCUGCAAGUCCAGGUCACUGAGUUAACGCCAUUGAAGGAGGACAUCUCUCCAGCAGAGAAGAAAGAGGAAAACAGAUAUUCUGAAUUGAAAAGCAUCCUUUACAAAUAUACUGAGCCUUGCACUCAAGAAACUCCUUAUACUUUCCACCAGGUUCCAGUAAACAAAGUCAGCCCAUAUGGUUUCUUAGCACAGGAUCCGAUGAAUUAUUCGCGAUCUUUGUCAUCACGGGGACAGAACUCUGGGAAGUCGCAAGCCACACCCUCUUCCACGUCACAUGCCGAGAGGCCAACAGUUUUGCCUAUACUCACAUUGAUGGACUCCCAGGUUAGCUACCCAUCCCCCCGAGACCAGCAGAGCCCCUACUCAGACAGGAUUUCUCCAAGGCAGAAAAGGAGCUUGACAAGAGACAGUGACACCCCCUUAUCCCUUCUCUCAGUCAACCAUGAAGAGCUCGAACGCUCACCAAGUGGCUUCAGUAUCUCUCAAGACAAAGACGACUUCCUUUUUGGUCCAAAUGGGGGAUCAGCAUGGAUGCGAGAGAAACGCUAUCUAGCUGAGGGUGAGACGGACACAGAUACUGAACCUUUUACACCAAGUGGCUCCAUGCCUCUGUCUUCAACAGGGGAUGGGAUUUCAGAUUCAAUAUGGACCCCUUCAAACAAGCCGGUUUAAUAGAGGGGAGGGGUCACUGGUCGACUUCUCCGUGUAAUGUAAACACACUUUGUAUAUCUCACCUACUAUACACCCAAAGCUUACUUGUUCAAAGCACCAAUGGCUGCAUAAGAUGCAUGUGAUAUUAGUGGUAGUCAUUCUGCACCAUUUCAUACAAUUUACUAAUGCAGUUUUUUUCAUGCUACCAAAACUAAGGAGUUUAGUUUUGAGCAUGGUUUGCAUGAUGUUACCCUAUAUAAAUGGUACAGGUAAGUUCUUCUCUGAUACAUAUCUAUCUGAUGUUCUUCAAUAUAAUGAUGGUCAGAUCAAUGACAGGUGAGAUGUGAUGGUUCAUGCUACUUUUUAUAAACAGAGCAACAAAGUAAAAAUAGUUUCAGGAGCAAAGUUCCUCUGUGAGAAGGAAAAAUCUAAAUUGUCUUCUCUCUGGCAGCACCGUCAUUUCCAAUGCUAGUGAAUCAUUUCCCACCCAAAUUAGACAAAAGCAUCUGCAAUUUCAAGUAGGGGAAAGUUGGAAUCAAAAUUUGUGAUCUCUAUUACAUGAUUUCUCCUGUCACCUCUAAUGCCAAUAUUACAGUAUCAAAUACAGUGUAAAAUAGAAAUGAGGGGUAAAAUUUGAGAUUUUCAAAACCACUUGGGGGAACUAGAUAUCUGUUUCUUUAAUAUCACAUAUCAACAUAAAUCCUCUUGACUACUACUCAGAAAUCUCCACCACAGGUUAUAUAAUUGCCACCAGUGUGAGUACAAUCAAUCUUAUUUUAUAGCAAAUUGUUUGCUAAUUCUAUUUAUUUGUAAUGAAACCAAACUUCCCACUGACAUUGAUAAAAAAAAAAAAACAAAAAACCAAGCAAUCACGUAGGGGACUCCUGGGUUCUGUUCUUAGUCCUUUUACUAACUUGUUUGACGUUAAGUCACGUAUCGGUGCCUCAGUUUCCCAAUCUGUAAAAUGGGAAUUAUACUUCCCUACCUCACAUGGGGGUUGUGAGGCUCAAUUCACUUAUGUUUCAUACAGCGCGUUGAGAUCCUCAAAUGAAAGGCACAUUAGGAACACGAGUGUUGCUAUGCUGUGCUGUCCGGUGAGACUUCUACCUGCAGGGCGUUGGCAGGACACAGCCUAGUAGUCCUAGUGCAAAUGGAAAAAUCUAAAUACAUGUACGUCAGACAUACUUCAUGCCAGGUUUGUGGACCCAGCCCAGAUCAAUACAGAUGAACCUCCGUUUCACAGCCCCAUCUUAGAUAACUCUGCUGGGCACUGCAGUUUCUUGCAAGGGAAAUGGGGAAAGAAUCCUUCCCACAAACCCACGGGGCAGCAGUGGAGAUGCUUUUUCAAGCCUGUUUCAGCCUAAUGGAUGGGAUCACCUCUACAAAAGGUAGGAGUAUCCCUACAGAUAACCUAGACCCGGUCUACCCAAACACACCUACCCUGCAGAGGUACAAGAUCUCCUAAAAAACCAAGAUCCAAAUGGCAAAGGGUUUGUGAACCCCAAAUACAGCUGCUCACCAGACCCUCCUUGCUUCUCUGCAUUUUGCCUUUCCUCCUCAUGUUGCAGAGCUAUGCAUGCUCCACGACUUUAAACACAGGGUAAUAGCAGCAGGAGGGGCUCCUGUGGUGACUAGGUAUGUUGAGUUUGGAGAAAAGAAGCUGGUG